CUAUUAAAUUUGGGUGUUUCACUUUAUACGAAUUGAGUUUGAAAUACUUUUCAUUCAUAAUAGGACAAGCAUGGAAAAUAUCAGGGCCUACAAAUUCUUUGGAUUAUUAUCUCGCUAAUGAAAUAAUUUCCUUAAUCUCAUUAUGGAUUGCAAUUUAUUAUUUAACAAAGAAAUUUGUCAUCUCAAAAUUGUAGAUUUCUAUAGAAGAAAUUGAUGAAACAACAGUUUUACUAACAAUAGGGAAUGAAUACAAAGAAUGAAAAGUAUGAGCUUUCUAGUCAACUGAAGACUCACUAAAAUAGCAGAUGUAAUUUUGCAGAAAUUUUACAAAAUUGGAAAAGAAUCCAGCCAGAACAAACUUUCUAUCCGUUGUUCUGCUAAUCUCUAAUAUUUAAAAAUAUUAAAAAAAGAGGAAGAUUAAAAUUAUAGCAAUAACUUCAAAAUCUACUCCAUAUCAUGUAUUUAAAAAUGAAAAUAGCGGACGAUCUCAGAUUACUUGCUCUACUUGUAUUACUAAAUUAUGUUGGUAGAUUGGAAGGAAUUAUACUUUAAAUCAAAAAAAUAGAAUAACUUAUUUUCUUUGAAAUACUAGUUCCAUUUUCCCAUCUUUUUGCUUCUUUGCCAAAGUUAAUUCGAGUGACUAAUAGAUUAUUGAUAACUGUUGUUUUUUUAUUAGAAAUGUUUCCUUUUAAUAGCUUCAAAUGA